UCGUUUGGAAUUGAAAAAGCUUGAACAAAACAGGCGAAGAUAUUAUCUACGUCUCAUUGACCAGUUACUGGUAAAUGCCCAGAAUAAAGUUGUAACAAAACAUGGCCUUCUGUUUGAUAGAAUAAUAACUUCUCUUUUGCCUUGUGUUUGUACGCAGGUCAGCGGAAACGUUCUCUUUGUAUUCGGAAACUUUGCGACAGUCAUGGUCAUCUCUGUUGAUCGCUAUUUGUCCGUCGUCUGGUCACACCGGUUCCCUCCUUCCAAGCCAAGAACCAUUGUUUUCAUUGCCAUCACUUGGGCGAUCGCCAUUGGAUCUUCAUUUCCCUCUUUGUUCGAAGUAGUUUCUGAAAUUAGUUAUACACAGACGUCACACAGCUGUGCGCCUGAUUGGAAGGAAAACUGUUCAUACUAUACCAUCCUGAACAUCAUCAUUUAUGCCGUAAUCGUACCUGCAAUGGUUUUCUGCUAUGUUGGUGUGUUCCUAAAAGUGUGGCGUCAACAAGAGUUGCUCCGGUCCAAUGACGACAAGAAGCCAAGCGUCGUAAACACAUCCAUACUUGAACGACCCGUAGAAGGCAAUGACGACAACAGCGAUGACUACGGCAAGGAUAUACCAACGGAUGGUAAUGGCAGGCAGAACGAAGGCACUACUUCGUUAAUUCUUACGCCAGAAAAUUCCUUGGAUUGUUCUAAAUCAUCAAGCACAGAUAAACCCGUGGCGAAACACGUUAAAGGACGUACCAAAAAGGAUACGCAUCAGGAAAUCAUGACUAGGGUGAUCAAAAAUAAAAAUCACAGGGUCUUGCAGAAGAAACUAAACAUUGAGAAAAGGGUUGCCCUAACAGGGACCUUACUGGUGUUAACAACGCUGGUUUGUUGGGCACCGUAUUGCAUCGUUAGGUCUUGUGUGCUUUCCAUCCGCGUCCCACAUUGGUUGGUGGUGGCCGCAGUGUGGCUGGGGUACUCCAACUCCUUACUUGAUCCUCUAAUUUACACCUUUAUGAAUAGACGGACUGGACCGCUCUGUCGCUUCCUGAGGCGUUAAACCAUACGACUAAACCCGAUGCUUUGGUCGGUGAAGUAGCCAAGACCAGGAAUCAUAAUCCCACGACGGAAGAGACAUUUUGUUUCCAUUAACAUGAUUAAUAAUGAAUAAAUGAAGAAAGCGUUCUUCUUUUACAGUCUAAUUAAGCUUGCAGCCUCGCAGGUGAAAGCUUACUACAAACAGGUUCAAUUUCAUGAUUGCUAAGAAGAAUGUUUUCUCAUGUCUUUAUACCAAUCAGAUAGACAUCCUCCGUGGUCAAUACCGUUAAUGUUUGUUGUUAGAUGAUCAGGUAUAUUCAACAUGAUGUCUGUGUAACUUUCCUUUUCAUUUUUACAUGGGAACGUAUUGGGUCAAUUAAAGCUUUUACCCACAAACUGUUCAUGAAAUGUAGCAUACUAAUCGGAUGAAGAAGACAUUUCUUUCCCUUUGUACUAUGUAAAUACAAUAAUUGAUAUGAUAAACAUGCAGGAAUUUUCAAUGCUAAUAAUUUUGCACUAGCGUGAAUCCAAGCGGUGAAUCUAUUUUCAGGGGGGGGGGUGUAUGAUCUAUUGUUUCAUCCAAUCCCAACCUGAAUAGUAUAGUGUCACAGAUUUGCACCAAUAUUGUUUUGAGUCAUCAGUGUAGCUGAAUAAAAUCGUAUAAGAUAUGGAAAAAGUAAUCACACGAACUGUUUAAUAACAGCUUUAAUUUGAUCAAUGUCAUCAGUAUCCAGUAUUUAAAUAUACAUUUCACUGAGGUAUGGAGUAUGGGGUAUGCCUAUUCUUGUACGAACAACUCCCUCUUCCUCCAAAGGUGCCAAAAUAGAAUCUCUACUCAUCCACCCAGUGCAUUUGAAUGAAUGACUGAUUCAUCAUAACAGUUAUAACCGUAUUUAAAAGUCGAUGGAAUCCCAACAUUCAUAAUAGAACCAUACUCACUUGAUGCACUGGAUAUAACCUUUGUAAUAACGCCAAUCGCAGGAAUUUGUCAGUGGCAAAGUUCAAAGGAUCAUAAUCAUCAAGUCUGAGCCCACGGACGUUUUUAGAAUGCAAAGAUGGGCCAAUUAAAGAAAUUCAACGUCAUUUCAAUAGAAAUGUACACAUUAACAGUAGUGUUAAUCAUUUGAUGAUUAUGAAUAACUAUCGCUUCUGCCUUGAAAACUGGGGGAUUACUGUUAGGCCAUCCCUUUCUCCAGAAUGUGGGGAAGAUAUCCAACAUUCCCCUCUAACCGGAUUUACGUUAUUGCUUCGACAUACCGAACCAGGGCCCCAUCUUACAAAGAGUUACGAUUGAUCCAAUCACUCGCAACUAUGGAACGCCAGCAAAGUCAACAUAUAAAACGCAUGAUUGUUAAAAAAUGUCUAGAUAUGAUUGGGUAUCCAUGAAUUAAUUAAUCUCUUGAAAAUUUAGUGUGUUCUCCUUUGUUUACGAAGGGCAUUUUGCAAGUUUCUUGUAGAAAAAAUUAUGACACUGAUGGAUUUACAUAGAGUUAUGAUUGAUUAUAUCAAUCGUAACUCCUUGUAAGUUGGGGCACUGGUUUCCUUUUUGGGACAAAAAAGAACGAAUCCUCGAACCAACCUUCGCUAUAACGAAUGUUACCAGUCUCGAUCUCCAUACGUCAAGAACUUAAAAAAAAACCAACAAGUGCACACCUAGUUACAAAUAAUGCAAAUAGCAUUUCCAUUUAUUUGAUAGCAAGAUAAAAGAGCAUUGUAGAUUAAAUGCCUUACUCUAGGGCAUAGUUGCCGCGUCUGGGGAUCGAACUCCGGACUUUCCAUGUAUAGCCAGGCGCCUUAGACCACUCGGCCACGGCACCUCCACUCAUCAGAAUGCAUUUGAUAAUCGAAGUCAAAGUUUUCUCAAACUGCAUGAAAUGCUACAGUCACACGAAUAAUA